UGACCUUCACAACGUCAUGCUUCGAGGCCAGAGUUGUCAAGAAUAAGAUUUCUGUGUAUAACAUUUAACGUAGUCAGUGAAGUUUAUUGAUGAUUACCUAAAUGUCGUGGAUAUAAUAAAUAUAUUCUCUGUUUUCGCAACGACGUUCGUACAUCAAAACCACCAACUGUUCUUGCACACAGAAUCCUUAAGUUAGCAAGGUAGGCUUAAUUUUUUAAAAUUUUGUGACGGAUAAAACGUGUCCACGAGAAAUCUAUGAGUCGUACUCUGAUUUUCGGUCUGUUCUCUGUACGUCUAAACAAAUAAAUUGUCUUAGUUACUAUUUCGAAAUCGGUCAUUGUGAUCGAUCCGAAUACGUAAUACAAUAUGCGAUUGUUCGCGUACUCAUUGAUUACGUGUUUGAAUUACUGGCCGGUCCGCUUUUCCGAAUCAGGACCUCUUCGAUGGGAGUGUCGCACCAGCGACCGUUAUACCGUCAGCCGUUUGACAAACAGCUAUCGGGCGGCCUUGUCCGUACUGCGACAGACUAUUUCAUAAGGUGACCUGUACAAGAUCGGUGCCAAAUAUUUGCUCAUACAAACUGCCCAUGAACGGCCCGGGCUGAAUGAUUUUCUUUAAAACUCAACUAGUGUAAUAUAACGUAUCCACUUAACACACUCACAGUUUAAUAAUUAAAGUUCCUUUGGUAUAAGUAUGGCUCGCGAUACCUCGCGCUGCUUGUCCGAAACGUCUGACGCUGCCCGUCUCGGUGCGCCACGCGAGUGCAUCGAAACCGACAGAGGGCAUAGUUGAUGCGGCGUAUCCUAUCGAGUACGCAGGAACAGUGUUUUCUCGUCUCCCCUGCACACGCUGCACCACCUCUAAAUGCGAUCUCAUUACAUUCGCCAGGAUAUAGCACCAGGCCGCUAAGCCUGAUUCUGAUCGUGUGAAACCCUGCUCUGGUGGAGCUAGUGAUGGCGAGCAACGUCUACUCGAAUUACCUGUCGGGAAAGGGCCUGUCAACAACUAGAGCUUGACCUUGUGUUACCGGCUACGCCGCUGAAGUAUAUCGAAAAUUUCGAUACUAUGAUUUCUACAGGAGCAGUUGCCAGUUCAAGGGACGACGAAUGAAGUUUCAUGUCAUAUUGUACAUUCUUAUCAAAUCCGGGCGCGAAUAUUUAAAAGAAGUCAGUGAGCUUUUUCUUAACGGCCAGCUGGGGAUUACGUAUUACGGACAACGGUUCGGAAAGUUCUGGUCGAUAAUGUAAGAUAUUGGGUCACAGAAAAUCUAUUGAAAUUUUUAGGCGAAAAUUAGCCAAAUAUUUUCUUGGUGCUAUUCAUGAAGCUAAGUUAAGAUCAUUAAAAGAGUUUUGCAGAAAGCGAAAGAAAUUAUAGUGUGAGAGGGUAAAGUCCGAGCGAUACGGCCAAUGUACUGAAAUUUUCAAUUUAAGCCCUUAAGAUGUUUGCCACGUAGGUAACGAUGCAUUGUCAUAGUAGAGAAUGACGCCUUUUCUAUUCACUAGUUCCGUUAGAUUUUUUUCAGUGGCAUUUCUGAUCUUGUUAGUUGUGGACAGCGGUGGCCCGAUUUUGCCAAGCAGCGGUGGCAGCAGCAGCAGCAGCGGCAGCGGCAGCGGCAGCCUGUGAUACGCGAUUCUGGUCCAGCGUUUUACCAUUAACGUAUAGAGCAAUCUACUAUCGGUCUGGGUUCUUCAGGUUUUAAUUUCUGCAUCACUGUCGUAUAUGGUCCAGCUUCAAGCAGGCGUAAACCAUAGCUACGGAAAUGGCUGGGUUUGAUUAGCUUUCACAGAUAGAAAUACGAGCGAGUGAGUGAACUAUUCCGUGUCAAUUCGCCUAAUACCCGAACAUCGAGAUUAUCUCGUCGUCAGCUUUCUUCAGACGAUUUAGAACGGUUGGGCUGUAGUUUGUUUUAAGUUUCUUUAAGCGAUAUCAUGGCUGCUCACGCUGCGUCGCUCUUGUAACUUCUUUAGAUGUAGACGACGCUGUUUUUUUGACUAAACAUCAGCUGAUUAAUAUUACGGAACAAAAAAAGACCACUGAACUGUUUAGUGAACUUCUGUAUGCACGAUGAGCCGUAGUUGGCCAAACAAUGAAUAAAAUCCGACUGUCAUAAAUAUUUAAAGGGCAUAAUAGCAGCAUAAAAGAUUAUAGAGUAGCAAAUGCUAAUGUAUUUGUUGUUACAGAUUGUUUUCUAUCAAGGGUGCACAAGGCUGCAUGCAUAUCCUGCCAUCGACCAUAUAUUUCCUUAUAUAACUUAAGCUACGAAUAUUAUAACUUCCAAAAUUUUAGGUUACUCCCAAAUUCAAGUUCGACUUGCCAGACUAACACGUAACGGCGUUACCACUGGGCCACCUUUAGUGGUCAAUUUAACAAAUCACAUUCAGCUGUGAGUAAGAGAACAAGCGAAACAAAAGGAUUACAAAAGACGGCUGUGCGGAAUUCGCGUUUUGCCGGUUGUUCAGUCCAAGAGGGAAACGCGACGUCGUCGUUUUUACGUAGGAUGCCGUAUAUUAAACCGUGUUAAGUAUUUAUCUCUAAUGAAAGCGGACAGGAGCGACUGAAUAUGGGGGGUCACUGCAAGUUACUCCUUUGUCAAUAAGUUGUUGCAUAGCUAAUAUGCCGAUCAGCAAAAGUUUAAUGUUUAUGAAAUGUUUUGUUUGCAGCUAACGCUGAGGCAGUGCUGGCCAGAAUUAGUGGAUCGACGGCUAGUGAAUUGGUCUUCUUCCGGCGAGUAAACAGUUUUUAACCGUAAUCCUAUUAUGGGUAUGGCUGCAAAUGGCGGACUGACAACAGCAUUUGAACUAUUAUAAAAUACACUCAAAAAAUGAGGCUAAGUUCAGCGGUCUUCUACAUAAACUAAUGGAGCUGUUUACUUCCAGAAGUUUGUCGUAACCAAUUUGGCGCUUUGGUGCUUACCAAAUGUCAAGGGCUGUUAGCAAGAUAUUCGCUACUGGAGCUGUAGGAGGAGAGGCCCCGUGCCCUGCCAGGACUACGGAAGCCAUCUACUGAGAACAAAUGCACCUAUUAUAACUUGUCGAAUAAAUAGGUUUAUUAAGCGUUAAAGAUAAUUGAUCACGAGGCAUCAUUUGUUUAAAAUACUCUAAACCGUGCUUGACGAGAAUAACAACCUCUCGUCAAACGCAGUCCGUUUUAUGAAGAAGGCCAUAUCUCGAAACGCCACAUAUAGCUGCAAGGUUAACAUUAGAGCGUAAAUAAGUCAAAAUUGCUUUUAUACAUACGAGAUAUAAUUACCAUCUCUACAUACAUGUAUAUUGAGGAUAGAGGAGGACAAAGAGAGCAGCUUAGCUAUUAGACUUUUAUACUACAUACACUGAUGAAUAGCCGACAUAGAAGGGAUAUGCGCGGACGCGCAUACGACCACAAAACGAACUCUCCAUCAUACACCGACAAUCUUUCUCCCAAAGGUCAAACCGACCCCAGGCACAAAUCGAAAUGCAGUGACUUAGAAAAUACUGUUCUUCACAGCGGAAGCCCGUGUUAUCGAGGAGCACGGAACUACGACGGUCAACGCAGCUGCGACAGUUACAGCUACAACCACUAUUGUUAGCAGCCACAGUCAAAGUCACAAUAAUACCCGAGUUCGGCUACCGGUUGCUGAAGACCCGCCAGUAACAUCUUCGUUUGAAGUAUCCACUUUCGAAACGUCUGCCAUUGGUUCAGCGAGGCUUGGCUCUGAGGCACUACUGCCGCUUGAGCAGAUGGAGCAGAUCGCUCAGAUCGAAGAAGUCGAAGUGAUCGAGGAAGAACCAGCCGACGGUGGAAGUAUCGUCGUCGAGGAGGCCGAUGGCGGUAUCGUUGAGGAGGCCGAGGCGAUUGUUGUUGGUGAAGCGGUUGUCGAGGGCGACGGCCUAUCAAUGGAACAGCUGGGAACAACUGGCCAUAUUCUGGACAAGCACACUUGCCCCAUCUGUUUAAAGCGGUUCGGUGCUGGAGGCGCAUAUUCGGUGCGUCGUCAUAUGACGAUGGUGCACCACAAGGAACGGCCAUUCCCAUGCCCACAUUGUCCUUACCGAGCCCUCCAAAGGACGGACAUCCUUCGACACCUUCGACUGAAGCACAGUAGUUUGCUGCACCACGACAUGCAGGAGCAGCAGCCCGCUCAAACGACAACCAAGCGGAAGAAGGCCCGAACUAGAGGAACUGGAACGGAGAGGAGAUGAAUGAACGAAAUUACAUGGAACAUUGUCAACGGGAAUGACGAUGGUUGAUGAGUGACUACUGAUUAACAAUGGACAGAAACAUUACGAAUAGUCAUCUUUUGGCGUCAUAGAUAAGUGCUACAAAGUAGAAAAAUCACAAUGGUGCUGGGAAACAUUACUCCGUUAAUGUUAGCAUGUGAAAAGAUAUUAGUUCUAGGAUUGCCUUCGCUUAAAAUUUGCCCCCGUCUAUGUAACAGCUCGGCCAAGGGGAGUUCGGUUAACAGCAGUUAAUUAUAUGAUCGUAUCAGUCAAUAUAAAGACUACAACGCUUAAUACAGUAGCAGCCUCGUUCCAGAUUUCUAACCCUGAUUGGGGUAGGCUCACCGGUGACCACACGAUAUAAGCAUUGACUUGGAAGAUUGAGGGCCGGAGACAUGGGCCACUGAAACAGCUUCUUAAUUUGACACUGACCGAUAACCGUUCAUGAAUCUAUAUAUAUAUAUAUAUAUAUAUUUAUAUAGAUAUAUAUAUAUAAAGAGAGAGAAAGGGAGAACGAAAGCUAACGAGAGAGAGAGAGCGCGCAAGAGAGAGAGAAAGAGAGAGAGAGAGAGAGAGAGAGAGCGAGAGAUAAAGCUACAUAGUGGACUUGACACGAAGUAGCUAGGGGUAAAAAGCGUGAGAAAAUGAAGGGUUACGCCGUGCAUUCAUUGUUAGUAGUAUGUCCGUUGUUUGAAACAGACACAAAAUAAUGCAGAAAAGCAUUAGUGAAUUGUUAUACUAGAAAAGAUACACGGAAACUAUACUAUAUUUGAUUUACACUCCGCAAUAUAUGUCUUCUAUUAGCUGUUCAAGCGAUGUAUGGUAUAGAACGACAUAGAAUUGGUAAUUACACACCUUAACAUGAUUUUGUUUGAGAUUUGCCGGAUCGGCAUAUUAUUACGGUUUAGUAAGGAUAUAUCGAAUAUGCUUUUUGGGGCAGAUACUCUGACAUUUUUCUGUUGAAAUCAUAUAUUGGUUUACUAUUGUCGAUCAGUUUAGUUUCUCGUGUUUCCGUAGGCGUGAGUCAAGCAAGAUACAUCAUCAGAGGUACGUUACAUACACGAGACCAUGUUAUGUUUUAUAGGACAAACUGUUUGUUGGUUACACGAAUCCUUAGUUAAUACAUCUACCAGAAGUUGUGACUGGAGUCGAUCUUCAGCAUUACCUAGUAACCAUUUGCGAUAUUUGUUUAGAAUCAGAUUAUCAACAAAUAGAAGCCGUGUGAUACGAUACGAAGCGACUGAGAAAAGCUGACAGAAAACGGAAUCAGGAGAAAUUAGUGAACAUUACCGUGCUAUGUUUAUCUAUUACUAAUAAGAUACGAUCGAAAUCGAAGGUAGAGGAACUAUAGCUGGAGAUUGUGCAUACAAACACACACAAACAUACACGAACGCACACACAAGAAGCAUAAAUUACUACUAAACCAUUUAAAAAGAGAGUAUAUAAUGAGAUAAAUUAUCGAUGAGCACGCGCCGUAAGUAAAUAAAAUAUAAAUACAUAUAUAUAUAUAUAUAUAUAUAUAUAUAUAUAUAUAUAUAUAUAUAUAUAUAUAUCAUAAAUGCGCCACUAUAAUGGGCAAAGAGACCGAGACCGGAAAAUGACAUGCGGUGACGACGACGACGACGACGACGGCGACGACGACGACGACGGCGACGACGACGGCGACGGCGACGACGACGGCGACGGCGACGACGACGACGACGACGACGGCGACGACGACGACGACGACGACGACGACGACGUGCAUAAUGAUGACCUAGGAGGGGCAGAGUGGGAUGUGGGGAUGGUGAGAGACGCUGAGGAGAAGGCAACGAUAAGAAGCAUAGAAACGAGCUAAACAGCCUCCAUGUAGUAUGGCAAAGGAAAGCAAGUCACAUAGUGAUAAUAUUAUUAUAGCUGCCUCUGUGGGAGGUUUAUCUUUGGGUUUUACGCCUAUCAUUACGUCAUUAUUACAACGACGUCGUGCGAAAGUCGUUCAUAUACACCUACGCCCUAUGGACGGAUGAGCAGGCAGACGGACGAAAAGGGUAAAAGAACAGGAAACAUAACAAAGAAGGGUGACGAAUGAAAUGACUAUAACAGUUAUCAACAAACAGCAUGAACAUAUACGAUAAUUAUAAUAUUGAUAUAUGAAAUAAUGACAAUAUUAUCAAUGAUAACGAUGUAGUAGGCAGCAGUGACAACAACUCUAUGUAACAACCAACUAGACAAAACAAAGCAACAAACGAAAAAAAUAAAGGUCUUGACUGUG